GUGAACUAAUUAUUAACCAUUCCCCCUUAGGAAGGAAACAUUCCGAAUCUCAAGACAAAUCUAUUCUUUAUUCCAAUAAAACUCGACGCCGAAAAAAUGUACGAAUACACACCUUUGCAAUUGAACUGAAAACAGAUCUAGAGUUGAAAAGGACAGGACAGUAAUUUUAUCCAAGUAAUAUUCCCUUCAUUCUUUAGGCCUUUAAAUACCCAAAGAAUUCCCUUUUAUGUCACUUCUGUUUACAUUUUUACCCUUGAAUUGAGUUUUUUAUCUUUUUCACUCCGCCAUGGAUGAUGACUCUAGCUCGUCAAAUCAGUCUUGUGAAAGAAAUGAAACAGUAAGAUCAAGGUGGAACCCAAAGCCGGAACAAAUAGUAAUACUUGAAUCCAUCUUUAAUAGUGGGAUGGUAAAUCCUCAAAAAGACGAGACAGUUAGAAUCAGGAAAAUGCUGGAGCAAUUUGGAGCCGUUGGAGAUGCAAACGUAUUCUAUUGGUUCCAAAAUCGGCGGUCAAGGUCUCGCCGUCGUCAACGACAAAUUCAGGCGAGCCUUAGUGCUGCCAGUAACAGUAAUGAAGAACAAUCUGCAAGGUCUAGUAGUAGCGGUGCAAUUCAGUUUCAGACUAAUUUUGUCCCCUCAUCUGUUUCUUCUUCGCUUGGAGGGGUUGUGGGAAAUGCAAAUGAUGGCCUCUUCCUCUUUUCUGGUCCAAUGGAAAUUGAUCAAAACUCUUCUAUCACCUCAAUUUUGUGCUCACCAACAGACAAUUCUAACUUGAAUUGCUCUUCCUCAGGGUUUAUCACAGUUUUUAUCAAUGGAGUAGCAACACAGGUGCCCAGAGGGCCACUUGACAUGAAGGCUAUGUUCGGCCCCGAAGACUUAGUUUUGUAUCACUCCUCUGGGGUGCCACUCCCAGUUAAUGAAAAUGGUUUUGUUGUUCAGGGUUUGCAGCAUGGUGAAAGCUACUUCCUGGUAAGCUCUCAUCAACUUCCACAGGUAGCAGGUGGGAGGGUGUCAAAUAUGACAUGAAUUAGUAUAGGUGCGCCCAAUCUGGCCUAGACACCUUUCUUAUCAGAAAAAAAAUGUAUAUGUUGAUGUUGGUGGUUGAUUGAUUUCUCAUAUUCUCUUUAAGGCUUGGCUUGUCCAUGCAUUUUACUAUACACCCGACUCUUGUUAAGUCGCGGCCAAUUAUAACACUUAUUGGACAAUGUAGUUGAGACAUGAAGCAUAACAAUGUUAUCCCUAAUGGGCACUUCAAGAAGCACAUGGAUAUCUGUGUGAAGACCUGGUUCAAUCAACCAGCACGCAAGCAGAGGAGAAUAGUUGCAAGGCAAGAGUUGGCUGCGAAGAUUUUCCCCUGACCAACUGCUGGAGCUCUUCGCCCUGUUGUCCAUGGUCAGACACUAAAAUACAACAUGAAAGUUAGGUCUGGUAGAUGAUUUUCCCUCGAGGAACUUCAGGCUGCAGGUAUCCCUAAGAAACUGGCUUCAACAAUUGGUAUUGUUGUUGAUCAUCGUUGCAGGAAUCUUUCACUUGAGGGGCUUCAAGCUGAUGUCUUGAAGACCUACAAGGCAAAUUAGUUGUCUUAAUCAAGGUUGGUGAUUCUGCCCUCUCGAGGGAUUGGCUACAGCAACUCAAGUUCAUGGUGCCUACAUGCCUGUUGCGUGUGAGAAGCCAUCUGUAGAUCUUAUCAAGAUUACCAAGGAGAUGAAGCCAUUCAAUGCCUAUAGCAAGCUACGUGUGGAGCGGGCGAAUGAGAAUCACAUUGGUGCUAGGAUGAAGAGCGCUGCCCUCAAAUUGCAAUUCCUUUUUGUUGUUCUAAUAAUAAUAUGCUCUAGUCUUUAAAGAACAAAGCACAAAAGCUCUCACAGCAGAUUUGGAUGUUUUCAGUCAGAAAGAUAUUUGACAGAA